GGCUGCUGUGUGACUGAAAGCCGCCAGAGGAGAGCCGGUCACCGACUAUCACCGCUAUGAUCCCGGGGAGAGAGGCCCUCUGAUACCGCCAACAUGUCCGACAUUAUCUGUCAGUGGCUGAACGAAGAGCUGAGGCUGUCCAUGCAUGUGGAUCCUAAGGGUUUGGCCAAGGAGUUUGCCACAGGAUAUCUCAUUGGGGAAGUGUUACACAAAUAUCAGUUACAAGAAGACUUUGACCAGUUUUCACAAAGCAGAGCAGCAAAUAGCAAGCUGAACAACUUUACCCGAGUGGAGCCCACCUUGAAACUAUUAGGCAUUCCAUUUGACCAGAAUGUGGCCCAGAAUAUCAUGUCAGAGCAACAUGGAGCUGCUACUAGACUUCUCUACCAGUUAUACAUCGCUCUGCAGAAGAAGAAGAAAGCUGGCCUCACGGGAGUUGCUCUGGAGACCCUGAGAGCAGCCGCCCCAGCAAAACUGCAGAGAAUUGGUUCUGAAAUAUAUAGAGAGCAAAUGAAAACAUUGGUCCCUCGCCAGACAGAUUUAGAUUUGCAGCAAGUGAGCGAACAGUUUGAACUAAUAGCAAAAGAGAUGGAUGAGAAGAUGGCCCAAAUACAGAACGGUGAAAUCAUAAAAAUGCAGAAGAUACAAGAGGAACUAAGAAUGCAGGAUAUUGAAAAGCUUCGCCAAGCAAGAAGAAGACAAAAUGAAAUUAUGGCCCGAAUUCAGGCAGCCGUUGUGCAGAUUCCUAAACCUCCACCAAACCGAACUUUGAGAGCCAUACAGGCACAGAAGAUCCUCAGGAAGAAGAAAGAAGCAGAGGAGGUUUACCAAGAAUUAGCAAGAUUUGAAUAUUCAAUGAAGAAAGAUGCUAUGAUUAGCAGCAUCACACCAAAUGGAAGAAGUCCAACAUUACAAAGAAUAAAGUCAAAUGGCAGCAUUGGUGGUGGCGUCUUCAAACUAGAAUCUAAUGAUGAUUACCUAAGAAAAAUUCAGAAGAGGCUUGAAGAGGAUACCACGGCACGUGAGCAGCGGGAAAAAAGAAGACGCAGAGUCCUAAUGGAGCAGCUUGUCGCUCAUGGGGCGCAAGAGGAAUCAUUUCGGGAGGAACAACUUAUUAACCGUUUGAUGAAACAAUCUCAGCAGGAGCGGAGAAUUGCUGUCCAACUCAUGCACACCCGCCAUGAGAAGGAAAUCAUAGGACAGAACAGAAUCUUCAGAGAGAAGCAGUACCAGGAACGACGCGAGAGAGAGUUCCAGGAGGUGCUUGACAGAGAAGCGGCCUUGCAGCAUCAAGCCAAACUGGAUGCCGAGGAGCAAAUGCGGAAUGUUCAGGAACUACAUGACCAGAUAGCAGCGGAACGAGUGCAGGCACGAUACAAAAAACACUAUGGCAUUUGUCAGGAAAUAGUGAACCAGAUUGUGGAUCUGGUGACAAAGACAGGAGAAUACCGAGAACUAACUAACAGGUUAAUACCUAACAAAGUAAUGCGGGAGUGGAAACAGAUCUUCAUGUCUGGGCUCCCCCUAUAUGAAGAAGCUUCAAUAGAUCCUUUGCCUUCUGAACCAACCCCUGAACAACUUGUGGAACUGGAGAAAGAGAACCUACUAAAUGACAAAGACUUUGAAGAGUACCAGACCAUGUCAGGAGAGUGGAUUUUAUCUGAUGACUCUGGGGUGAAAACAUCUGUACCUAAUAACAACAUCCUGGGUCAUGUGGUUCAUAGACUGUUGGAUAUUGUCAAUCCGCCCCCAGCUAACACACCACCACCUGCGUUUCCUCCGUUUCCCAUCAAAGGCUGCAUUCUUGGGAAGAUCUUCUCUGGAAAGAGCAACUGCCUCAAGCAUUUGGCGAAGGCUUUCAGCUUUCAUGUGCUGUGCGUGGAUACCUUAGUGAAAGAAGCCGUACAAGCCUAUGAAAACAAUGAGAUGGAGCAAGAGAACAGUGUACCUGCCGCUAUAGUUCAAGAGGAACCUCAGGAAAAUAAGCAGAUGACAGAUAAUGUUCCUGCUGAAUCAAGCGGUCCAGAAGUACAUUCUGCUGAAAGUAUUCCUGCAAUUACAGAUGAGCCGAUAAAUGAAACAACACGUCCUAUAGUGCAAAGCUCGACUAAGGAAAAUUCUGUUCAGAAGGAAAAUAAGCUGUCAGCCAGGGCUGAGCUGGGCGGAUCGGUGGAGAAGUAUCUGAAGAAGGGAAAGGCCGUGCCAGAUGAGCUACUUGUUGACAUCCUAGUCACGGCCAUCAAUCAUAUCCCAGCAAACUCCGGAUGGGUGAUAGAUGGCUUCCCAGCUACUUUGAAUCAGGCAAAACUGGUAGAGAAAGCUCUCACAGGUUAUGACCCAGACAAAAUGGCAACAAGAAACAAGAAGAAGAUGUCAACUCUAGUGAAAGAUCUGGGUGCCCCGCAGGAUCCUCCGCCGCCUCCUCCAUCACUUGACUUUGCUGCCUUAAUAGAAGUUUCCGACAAUGUAGUAUUACAGCGUGCUGCAGGGUCACGUGGUCAAGGAGAUGACCAAUACAAUGAAACAGCUCCUAAAGGGGAUGACCAUGACCAAAAACUGAACCAGAUCCAGCACAGAAUUACAGGAUUCCUUGACAACUGGCCGAAACUGGAGGCGUGGUUUUCACUGCAGAAUAUCUUAGUAAAAGUAGAUGGAGAAGUGGAUAAGGACAGCUUAUACCAUAUAAUGGAGAAUGCCUUUUUAACAGCUCUCUACUAUAAGCAGAAUAAAGAUAUUGAGACUGAGAAGAAGGAGGAGAUUCAACCAUUGCCAGUCACACCACCAGCUCCCUCACUACCUCCAACUCCUCCUCCAGAGUCCACUAAAGACCCACGUCCGCCAUCUCCUGGAAAACGGACAUCUGCAAAGAAAGGAAAGGGGAAAUCUAAGUCACCGAAAGAUAGUUCUCUAGAUAAGAAAGAAAAGAAGAAAGAUACACCCCGAGGAAAAGACUCGGGGCGAAAAUCACCAAAAACAGGAUCCCCGAGGAGGGGUCGUUCGCCUGGAAAGAAAAAUAAGUCAGUCCCAACUACUCCUGAACCUACAGCACUAACACCCGUGGGUCCUCCACCCAUUCAGCCUGGAUCUGCGCAAUGGGUGUAUGUAAAUGAGCCACUUCCCAAGGAGAUUCCAGAGUUCCUAGUACCUUACUGGGAGACUAUAGAAAAGACAUAUGAAGCUGCUACAAAAGCUGGAUUAAAGAGUAUGAGACAAGAGCGCUUUAUUGUAAUUCAUUAUCUUUAUGAUAUAAGGAUUAAAUUUAAAGAUUAUCUAAAGCGUCCAGACCAUAAGCAGGAGUUUGUCUCCCAGUGGCAAUCUGACUUUAAUUCCAUUCCAGAAGAUAUGUGGGAAGAUGAGGAGACAAAAGCAGAAAUGCAUCAAAGACUGGACGAUCUAAGAGACCGCCUGUGGGACAUAUGUGACAACAGGAAGGAAGAAGCUGAGCAGGAACAAGCGGACAUCAUGAACGAUGGCUGGCUGCAGGAUCACUUAGGGAUCCUCAUGAACCACUUCUUUUCUUUAAUGCAGGCAGAAAUUGACCGAUUUCAAGAUACAAUGAGAUUUCUUCAUGAUUAUUAUCAAGGAAUGGAGAACAAAAUUCCUUCUGAAAACAACCAAGAAUUUGUCCGUAUUCCUUUGCUUGAAAUUACCAAUUCAACCAAAGAGGAGGAACCUGUACUGCCCAAAAGGAUUGCACUUGUUCCUCGAAAAACUCAGUCUCCAGAACCGAGCUCUGCCAAGCAGCGAAAUAAGCAGGUUGCAAUGAAAGGAAAAGAGGAUGCCUCAAAUGAAAGCAGUGGGCAGAUGUCUGAAACUGAUCAGAAAAUUAUUCAUGACACAUGGCAAACGGCAUUAUCCACUAUCACAAAUAUGGUGACUCUUGAAAAAGAAGCACUAGAAGCAGAAGAAGAGAAGAAACGCCAGAUGAUGGAAAUUAGGGAGAAGGAGCGGCUUAAAACUUCUCGGGCAACUUCCAGAGACAACAUAAAAGGGGCAAAAAAGAAGCCUCCAAAGUCAAAGUCACCAAAGUCAAAGUCACCAAACAGAAAAAAAGGAGGGAAGUCGCCUGGGCCUGCAACGCCCUCACCUACCCCUGCAGCACCCGUGGACAACACAGAACUGCAGAGGCAACAGGAAUUGCAAAUGAAGAUGAAGCAAGAAUAUUUUGCAGCACUGGAAUGUGAAGAGGCAGCUGUGAAUGCUCAGCUUGAACUGAUAAAGACAAAAGCCUUGGAAGUAUACCAGGACAUGUUAUCAAAAGCACAGCAGGCUUAUAUAGACAUAAAUAUGUGGCUGGGGGCUCGCUUCCUUGCUGAGAUGUCAAGUAUUGAGAAGUUGAUCCAGGUUGCUCGUCACCACAUCGAAACAAGCACCAAGAUACAGUAUGAACUAAUCCUGGAGCAGAAGGACUUCUAUAUCAGCUCUGAUGUUAAAAUCUUCCCAGAUCCCGACCCACCUCCCAGACCUCCUCCGGUGGAAAUGUCCAUUAACGGCACACUGACCAUAUCCCAGCUUCAGAGAUUACAUCAUCAGUUUCUGCAGAUGGCUCCUGAAGGUAUAAUACCAUAUAGGACAUUUACAGAAAUUCUCAUGGAUCUCACGUCAAUCAAUCUUGGAGAUGACACUGUUCCAGAGCUGUGGACGCAUCUUACACUUCCCGAGAUUCAUGAAAUAACAUCGGCCUUGUCACUGGAUUCAGACAUGGCGAACUGGCGUAAGUUCCUGUUAUUGGCAUCCUUACCUUGGCCAUACCCCUCAUUGCUCCAGCUACUAGAGACACUGCAGAGAUUUCAGGCUACAGAUGCUGACACGUGUGGCACAAUCAAUGAAGACACUUACAGUCAGGUGGAGCUAUGGUUUACAGGUAAAACUGAAGAAAUAGUUCCUGAAAACCCAACAGAACCUCUGCCGUUUAAUAGGCCAGAGCAUCUUAUAAAGUUUUUCUUCGACUUGUUCGCCAACCAGAAAACACAGCCUGCUCAGCUUCACUAUGUGGAUAUGUUGUUAUACUUUGCCUCCCAUCCAGAUCCCACAGAAGGAUUCUAUAGAGCACUCAGUGUAGUUAUUGGAAAGCCAAUAGUCAUUAAUACAGUUGACAACUCGCUUGUAAAGUCUGUCCCAAAUAUGGGUAUUUUUGAAGACGGUAAUGGAAUUAUAAGUAAUGAGGAGGACUUGCUGAAGAACACAGAGGAGGUCACUGUCACAGUGCAGGAAGUCCUGCAGGUGUUGGAGCAUGGAAAUGUAUAUGAUGGGGAGAGCCAUAGAUUCCACUCACGUGAAAAACAAACAAGUAGUUAUUACACGUGUGAUGAUGCCGUGCAUGUCAAUGUGAAUAAGGUCACUGCAUCAUUGAGGACCAUCAACUGCCAGGAGAAUUUCUGA